AUGUCAAGGAGAGCACGAGCUGCUUUUGACGCUGUACGCCUUAGCCUCACAAGAUCAGCAGUAGCUCCAUCUUUCUCCAUCUCAGCCUCGACACGGCCAUAAGCUUCUCUCACAGCAUCAAACAAGGUCUUCCUCUCGUCGAUUAUUGGUUCCUCGAUAUUCUCAGCUUCAACUUCCCUCAUGUCGAUAUCCAUCCCAUUCUCCGUGGAAUACUCGGGUGCAAGAGGAGGACGUUCAAUCGCCUCGACUCCAUCACUUUCAGCAAUAUGCAGCUCCGCCUCACUGUUUUCGGGAAUAGCGACAGUUGUUGAUGCAGCGGGUACCGUGGAGUUCUGUCGAAGAAAUUCUAGAUCAACAUCCUCCUGCACCUCCACGGGUUCCGUCAAAGACUCCUGCUUUGAAAGUGAAUCUUGAACAAGCGUGGGCGUUGUAUCAGACUUCAGAUGCUCACGAGCGAAUUGCGACAGUGUUCGAAACGCUGUUUCGAUCCGUGGUUUCUUGAUGUUCAACAAAGACACUUCACGACGGGACUUAGAAGCAAGAUCACAAAUCUUGACGAUGCCUUGCGCUUCUAGUGAUUUACGCGCCGCUAUCGCACUGCUAGUAGAUGAUAUAGAUAGAAGUCUUCCAACUAUUCUUCCUAUAGACUCCUGGCAGUCUGCAAGACGAGGGAAUAUUGGCUCGUCAUCAGCGGAGCUAGCAGAGUCCGCUUCGCUUUUGACUGGAGAAGCGGCGAUGCUUUCAUUGGGUAAAGCGGCUACCUUCGAAACCUGUUCAAAUGUCGUCUGAAGAUGGAAAAAUGGUCGCCUUGGUGUGGGUUUCUUCAUCACUCCCUUCGGGGAUACAGGAAUAUGAUCAUCUAAUGCGAUCACUUUGACAGGAUCAUCAUUAACAGCAUGAGGUUCAUUAUUCUCCAGGGCAUCUCCAAAAUGUACUCUUCGAAGCUUCUUCUCAGCUGUAGAGGGGCUAUCCACCUUCUUCAAUAUCCCAGGUGUUCCGGAAAUUUUUUGAACCAAAGUAUGAAUGGGUGUAGCAGCGAUUUUCUCUGUUUCCGUAUUCUGUUUUUCUGGUGUCUCAGUGACGGCUGUUUCCAGAUUUUUUUCGUCUGAGCUUCCAUCUGCACUUCUUCUUUUCGAAUCGAUGACAUUCAAAACUUCGUCUAUUUCCCGUAAAAUAGGAGUUUCAUUAUUUUGCUGAGCAAUCUCUUCUUGACUGAGUGGAGGUGGCGUCUUUGGAGCCGACAAUUCCUUCGGUAUUUCCUCAUCGACCACCUUGCCAGAGGAUUCCUUUAUCUUUGUACUUGGUGACUGCAAUGUUCUUUUCUCCUUCUCAGUAAUCUUUAUGGAUUCCCUUCUUUUCUGGGCCACGUAUUUGGACGGAUUGCUCUUUUUUCUUGAACGACGGCACCCCAAGGGCGCAUCGUUCUCCACGUUCUCAUCACUGUCAUUCUCUACGGUCUGUGCAGUUGACUCUCUACUGGAAACCUCAUCGGCGAUGGAGCUGUAGCAAGCAGUUUGCAAAUCCGACAAUUUUCGCGACAUUUCAACUUCGUUAGAAUUCUCGUUUCGAGAGGCGACAUUGGACACAGGGCUGGAUAAGCUAUUUUCGCAGUGUUGUAUCUGAUCAAAAUUUAGUUUCAACUUCGGUUUCCUCCUCGAGCUAGUCUUCUCCUCAACAACUUUUUCAGCUUUGACAUCUACCAUUGGAGAUACAGACGGUGCAGCUUCUUUCAACAAUAGGCCUUGCUCUCGCUCAAUCUGAUCCUCUACCACCAUUGUGUCGUCCGACAUAGCUUUAUCGUUUUUUGCAGGGCAGUUAGAGAUUGACUGCGAUAGCUCCACGUCAAACUCCGAUGGCAAAUGGGCAAUUACCGCCGAGUUUUGAGAAUCUUCGUCCAAAAAAGGCAUUCGAUCUCUCUUUUCACUGAACAUCUCUCGCUGCCGAUCAGUUAGUUUCAUCUUCUUGGCUGAUUCGCUGGAGGCGAUAGGUACAUAGUCAACAGAGUCUUCGUCGAGGAGGCCACCACGUAUCCUUCGUUUAGUUCGUGGUGUAGCUAUUUGACGGGAGGGAGUGAUUUCUUCUGGUUUGCGAGACUCAGCAAAGAGGUUUUCUUUGGAGUCGACAUUCCUGGGUUUUCCGUCACUUUUCUCCAUAGCGAUGGAUUCCCUCUUAGGUACCUUUGUUUCCUUUGUAUUGGCAUUGACUUGACUUCUCCUCUUUCCAAUCUGAGAACUCGAACCAGCUACAGGAGUGUAGCUAUGAAGAACGACUUCGCAAUGUUCAGAAUUUUCUUCGAUUUUUGCAGAUCUCCUUGUCCUACGAGGACGAGAACUCGAUUGCGAUGCACUCGAAGUCGAACUGAACGACGCAUCUUCGUCGCCAGAGAGAGCACAUCCACUGGACUCGUCAACUUUGAAAAACCCAGGAACGCUGAUAACUCGUUUCUGGACGAGAGGCAGCAGGACAUUCCUCAGUUCCAUCGGAUAGGUCAGCGAUUGCGCCUUCGCAAAUGUGUUUUUCCAUAGGUCACAGGAAGCUGUGCGCAGUUUUGAAAAUCUACCACGGCGGCCACUUAACAAUCUCGUCAAUAGCGGGGCACAAUCGGACAAGAGACCAUCAUCGAAAGGACCCGUGAUUUUGCUUUUUACGUUCUCCACGAUCUGAACAGAACUUUCAAGGGGAUUUCUAGCUGCAUGUUCUUACUGAAUCGUAGUUCAGCUGACCUCUAAAUAAGCAGUCAAAGAACUUGGAGUGAUUUCCUUCAAGCGUGAAUCAUCUCCAUAGAUCUUGCCAAGCAUUUCGCCCAACAUACCACAUAACGUAGUAAAUAAGACCCUGAUCAAAGACGGUUCCUGUAUUGCCGCAAACAAUUUUUGACAAAUGAUAAGGAGAGCAAGGAAGUCGCCAUAUAUGGUACGGGGAAGUUUUUCAGUCUGAAGUACAAAGAGCUCGUUUGUAAGAAAAACAUACCUUAUCCUCAUUAAUUAUGCGUAUAAGUUUUUCACCAAGCGACUGUAUCACAUUCGCGAAAGUUGUCAACUCUCCGAGUGCGUUGAACUCCAAUGAGUUUCCGAAAUGAACUUCCUUUUUACUUAUAGAUUCGAAUGGGUAGAUAUCGACAAUAUCAGACAAUGCAGCGGUGAACAUAUGCAAACAACAUAUCGUUUCAGGCGCUGCAGUGGAGCCGAAAACACCAUUUAGAACCGUCUCAGCUCUGCAGUCGACCUCAUGUCUCACAGUGGUUUGCACCUCCGCAUAAAGUCUACUAAACUCUGUUGAGCACUUCUUCAUGAUGUCCACACUUACAUCCUCAUCCACGUGGUUCGCAAUUUUGAAAAGUAAUGCGAGAAGCUUGAACGUGGUAGAAAAAUUCGGUUUCAACAAGUUACCCUCGUUGAUAUCGUCAGUCUUUUUAAUAAAAUCGGUCAAUAGUGCAGAUAGCUGUGACCAUGUCUUGAGUACUGACUGCUUAUCAAAAACAUUAAUGUGCUCUUCUACGACACCGCAGAUAUGGUUGAGCCGUUCCAAAACAAUGCCAUCAGUCUCGAGCCCACCACAAAGGGUUCCAGGGAUGAUUUCGAGGAAUUCACUGAUCUUAGCUGGUGAUUUCUCUAGCAUGGCUCUAAGUAAAUUCAGUGCUGGCCACUCUCCUACUGAGUUUGCAUGGAUGGAUAGAUUUUGAGCUCGAAAUAGUUGACAAAGGGCACCCUCUAUUUCUUCGACUUUCCUACGGCUCUCACCAAUCCAAGCGCGUAUCUGAAUGAAAAGAAAUCGCGAUUCCCUGUGCCGUGCAUCAGCAUCCUCGAUGGCUUCAAUUCGACGGCCUAAUUCAGCAAAACAAGAGCAUAUCGAGUUCGCGUCAGCUUCACUAAUAGCUUCGUGACCAGCAAUGCGCACAACUUGACCAAGGAAAACGCCAUACUUUAGCAUCAAAUCCGGGGCAUUAGCACAUACAGGAAUCUCUCCUCUUGAAUUCGCAGCUCCGAGAAUUGAACAAAUCAGAGGAAAUACGUGCGUCAGUGCACCAUUGUUAAAAACUCGAUGAGGUCGUGGAUCAGUGAGAUAGUCUGAAAAAUCCGUGCUGGCUCCUUUCAAUACAAGAUUAAAGCUUUUUUCCUGGACCGGCUUGGCUAUCUCGGCCUCGAUUAUCUUUUCAUCUUUGUACGCCACAACAGGUUUGCCAACCAAGAAGCAUAGGAAGCAAACGAUUAGCUGAAAAAUAUAACUGUUAAAGCUAGUGAGUGUCGUCGAAGCCACAGAACUGAUUACCUCUUCGAAUCUCUCAUCAACACUGGAAGGAGACGAGGUGAUUAGAGCAGUAUAUGCAGAGAUUAUAGGUGCUGGUGUAGGCAACUUGUUUAUGACAGCAUGAGAUCGCAGAGGUUUUGAAAAUGUUGCAAAAAGUUUGUCUCGCAAGACACCGCUGCUUAGCUUCGGUGCGACGAAACUGAUGAAUGAAGUCCAAGCUCCUAAACAGAUUACCACCGCUUCUCUAUCAGAAAUUUUGAACCAAGUUUCCAUAGUAGUAAAGAAAUCGUUCCAAUCUUUAGCUGGCAUCUUUGUUCCAAAAAGCGUCACAGUCAGUUUGCAAUAUGCAAGCCACAACGAUGCACCGUAGAAAACGAUCUCUGCACUAUAGAGCUCAUUUAG